GAUGUAAUCUACAGGCAACCAAUUGAACAGACCAUCAGUGAUGUAAGCGUUUCGAGGUCGUCGAUUAGUAAACAUAACCUCCAUACAUUUGUGGACGAGUUCUUCUUGGACAGACCGAGUGCAUGUGAUGAACAAUGUCUGUGGUGCUCAGAUGCGGAGCGUUCGGUGAUCGUCGUUCGACGUGGAUGAGAGCCAUCAUUUGCUACCAUCGGCAUUUCUGCACGGGAAACGCACGUUUCGCCGAAUUGGCGCAAGCUUAUGAACCGAAGGUGAUAGAAAGAGUUCCACCGAAAGAUGAGUUUUUCAAACCGCCGCUGAUUGCUGAUAAAGAGAAAUUCAAUAUAAUUUUACCACCGCCGAAUGUGACAGGAACCCUUCAUCUCGGACACGCUUUGACGGCAGCCAUCCAAGAUGUUCUCGUGAAAUGGAAUCGCAUGAAGGGUGCGGAGACGUCGUGGAUUCCGGGUUUGGAUCACGCGGGGAUCGCAACGCAAGUCAUCGUGGAAAAGAAACUGUGGUCAGAGAAGAGGAAAACUCGUCGGGAAAUUGGGAGAGAUGAGUUCGUGCAGGAGGUGUGGCGUUGGAAGGAGGAGAAGAGCGAUGCUAUUGGGAAGCAGCUGAAGAGAUUAGGAGUAUCUUUGGAUUGGGAGAAGGAAGCGUUCACGAUGGACGAGCGGCAAUCGCGUGCAGUGAUCGAAGCCUUCGUCAGAUUGCACGAAUCCGGAUUGGUCUACGAGGCGGACAGAUUGGUGAAUUGGUCGUGCGAUCUGCAGUCGGCGAUAUCGGACAUCGAGGUGGACCAUCUGGAAAUCUCCGGUCCGACGAACGUGACGGUUCCCGGUUACAAAAAGCCGGUGCGUUUCGGCACGCUCACCAGCUUCGCCUACAGACUGAAAGAUUCUGACGAGGAGAUUGUUGUGGCGACGACGAGACCGGAAACUAUUUUAGGUGACGUCGCAGUCGCCGUUCAUCCGGAAGAUCCGAGGUAUUCAUCUUACGUCGGUCGACACGUCGUACAUCCUUUCAGUAAAGCAAGCAUUCCGGUUGUAGCCGAUACCUUUGUUGAUCGCGAUUUUGGAACUGGAGCUGUUAAAAUAACACCAGCGCACGAUCACAACGAUUUCGCUGUGGCCAAAGCUCAAGGAUUGCCGAUCGUCCAAGUGAUCGAUGAAAACGGUCGCGUUUGUUUCGCAGGCGACUUUGACGGGUUGCCCAGAUUCGAGGCGAGGGAUGCGGUGAUCAUCGGAUUGAACGCCGCGGGUCUGUUCAGGGGCGUCCAAGAUCACGCGAUGAAAGUUCCCAUCUGCAGCAGAUCCAAAGACGUGGUGGAGCUUCUGCUGAAGCCGCAAUGGUUCGUCGAUUGCAAGGAGAUGGCGGUGCAGUGUCUCGAUGCAGUGCGGAUUGGGGAUUUGGUGAUCGAACCCGAACAGUUCGAGCGAGUCUGGUUCGAGUGGUUGGAGAAUAUCAGGGAUUGGUGCAUCUCCAGGCAACUCUGGUGGGGUCACCGGAUUCCAAUUUACAAUUGCACGAAUGGUACGGAUACGUGCAAAGUGGUUGCAUCGAACGCUUCCGAAGCCAAAGACAAAGCUCACGAAAUACUUAAAUCUGAUGUAAUCGAGGUGACGCAAGUGGAUGAUGUUUUGGACACUUGGUUUUCUUCAGCUCUUCUACCAUUUUCCGCCUCCGGAUGGCCCGAUAAGGAUAUAAGCUCGAACUAUCCGCUUAGUUUGAUGGAAACCGGAAACGAUAUUCUGUUCUUCUGGGUGGCGCGGAUGGUCAUGUUAGGAACGAAAUUGACGGGGCAAUUGCCUUUCAACAAGGUUCUUCUGCACGGCAUCAUCUGCGAUUCCAGCGGAAGGAAGAUGUCGAAAAGUCUUGGGAACGUCGUUGCUCCUGAGGACGUCAUCGAAGGGAAAACUUUGAAGGAUUUGGAAUGGCAAACGCGCGGCGCCGUAACGUCCGGACUUUUGAGCGAGGAAGAGUGCAAAAAGGCCGUCGUCGGUCAGAGGAAAAUGUUCCCGGACGGAAUUCCUGAAUGCGGCGUGGACGCUCUCCGUUUCACCCUGCUCUCACAUAACAUUAAAGGUCACACGAUCAAUUUCGAAGUGCAAGAGUGCAGGACGAACAGGAUGUUCGGAAACAAGGUCUGGCAGGCCACCAAGUUUACGGUCAAGUGGUGCGAGGAGAUCGCGAAGGUCGGCGACGGCGGUGGUGGUGGUGAGACAUCUGGGUCCGACUGGGUCUUCGAUCCGAUGGACGGAUGGAUCCUCAGCAGGAUGGCGUGCAUGGUCGAGCAGGUCGAUGCGGGAAUACGUGAUCACGACUUCCAUCUAGCAACGGCGGCCCUCAAGAAUUUCCUCUACUACGAACUGUGCGACGUCUAUCUAGUGAGUCCAUCGAUUUUCAUUCUUUUUUU